AUGGCCUUCUUGCGUACCGUAUCGCGCUGCAAUAGUCUGGUGCCCCGCAAGGUAACCUCCCCGUCUGCGCCCGGUAAUGGAUGUCUGACGUACUCGAAAUCCGAACAGUUCCUGCGACAGUAUGGUAUGCACGCCGGUGGCAACCGGGGCCCGCUGCCCAGUGCUAUUCUGGCGGCACUCAACCAUCGGCUCGCCCUCGAAGGAUACUCGCUCGAUGGUGCCCGCCGCUGGCGAUCGACUACGGUGGCGGCUGCCUCACCCGUGGCCACCGGUGCACGCCAACAGCAGGACAACAAUCCUUCCACCCCGCAACGGGAUCCACUUGACGUCAGCUUCAACGAUCCGCACGCUGCCUUCAAGAGCAAAACGACGUUCGAGUUGAUACGGGCGUACUUUGUGUACGUGCUAUGCUCCUCGGAAUUUCUUGUGGAAAACAACAUGAAGCUAAUGAAACUGAUGCGAGCCAUACUCGGCGACAGGCUGUUUAUCUAUCUGAUGAAGCAGACGUUCUAUGGGCAUUUUGUGGCAGGCGAGGAUCGUAUCCGGAUCGUGCCAACACUAGAAAGAUUGCGUUCGUUCGGUGUUAAACCAAUUCUUGACUACUCGGUAGAGGAAGAUCUAUCCCAAGAGGAGGCAGAAAAGCGUGAAGUUGAAGCUUCUGUAUCUUCGGCGGGCACGAACCUAUCGGAAGACAGUGCUGACUCGCUGCCACAGUACAGCGUAGAUAAAACGUUCGCCGAUCGGCGGUACAAGGUGCAGAGUGCAAGGACUUACUUCUACCUUAAUGAAGCAACCUGCGAACGCAACAUGGAAACUUUCCUCGAAUGUCUCGACGCAGUCAAAGGUGCAACAUUCGGUACAGGUAUCACUGCUAUUAAACUGACAGCUCUUGGUCGACCACAGCUGCUACUUCAAGUGUCGGAAGUAAUUAUGCAAGCUCGCCGGUACAUGAUGGAUUUGGCCGGAAGUACCGGGAACAUUUUAACGCAUCACAAAACCAUACAAGAUCUCGAACGUUAUCUCGGCAACGUGUCCGAUAAGGCGGAGGUGAAGGAGUUUCUUAAAAAGGUGACUUCGGACAAAGAUGGUAUUCUUCAUCUUUUCCCAUGGACCGGUAUCAUUAACGAGGACUGUCAGCUGAGCGAAACUUUCCGUGUUCCGGAUCCGGUUACCGGUCAAAUGCGUCGCUUGAUCUCAAAGAUUCCACCCAAAGAAGAGGAAAUGUUCCGUAACAUGAUUAGACGAUUGAACACUAUUGUUAAGACUGCCCAAGACCUUGACGUACGUAUUAUGAUUGACGCCGAGCAGACCUACUUCCAACCUGCCAUCUCGCGAAUUACUCUCGAAAUGAUGCGCAAGUAUAACACCGAAAAGGCUAUUGUGUUCAACACCUAUCAGUGUUAUCUGAAGGACACAUACAAGGAGGUGUGCACGGAUCUGGAGCAAGCCAAGCGUCAGAACUUCUACUUCGGAGCGAAGCUUGUGCGCGGAGCGUACAUCGAGCAGGAGCGUGCCCGUGCGGCCGCUCUUGGCUAUGAAGAUCCAACGAAUCCCUCCUUUGAAGCAACAACCGAAAUGUACCACAAAACCUUAACCGAGUGUUUGAGACGCAUCAGGAUUCUCAAAGAUGCGAAUAUUGAUCCGAAAAAGAUUGCCAUUAUGGUUGCAUCGCACAACGAGGAUACAGUCCGGUUUGCUAUCAAGAAGAUGGAGGAGAUUGGUAUUCAUCCGGAAGAUAAAGUGAUUUGCUUUGGUCAAUUAUUGGGCAUGUGUGAUUAUAUCACGUUCCCGUUAGGUCAAGCAGGCUAUUCCGCCUACAAAUACAUCCCGUACGGUCCAGUCAACGAAGUCCUGCCAUACCUGUCGCGACGAGCGCAGGAAAAUAAGGGAGUCCUGCAAAAGAUCAAGAAGGAAAAGCGCCUCCUGCUAACCGAGAUCACCAAGCGGCUAGCAAAGGGACAACUGUUUUACAAACCGAAGGGCAAAUACGUUCCUAUCUAA